GCAUUCACAGAGAGAUUCACAGUCAGUGGCCCUGACCACCCUGUCCCAGCCACUGCUGGUUCGGAUGUUGUCCUGGACUGUAAGUGUUCUACACAUCUGUCACUAGAGCGUCUGGAGGUGAGAUGGUUCAGGACUAGAUUCGACUCCCCUGUGUAUCUAUACAGUGAGGGACAUGAUCAGCCAAGUGAGCAGGAUACAGCCUACAGACACAGGACACAACUGUUUAUAGAGGAGAUUAUGAACGGCAAUGUGUCUCUCAGACUGCGAGAUGUGCGGGGAUCAGAUAAUGGAACCUUUACAUGUUACGUUGACUACGAUGGAUUGCAUGAUGAAGCAGAUAUACAAUUGCAGAUUACAAGUCUUGGCAGUCAGCCUUUGGUUCGUGUUGAUGGUCACCACAAUGGUGGUGUGAGGCUACUGUGUGAAUCCAAUGGAUGGUUCCCAGCACCAGAAGUUCUGUGGGUUGAUGUGCAGGGAAACAACUUAACAACACUCAGUAACUUGACAGUUAGAAAGGAUUCUGAGGGUUUCCUCAAUAUUCAAAGUGAAAUAGAAAUAAAUUAUUCUACCAACAAGAUCAGGUGUCUGAUUCGCAGCAAGUUACUGAGAGAUGAGCAAGAAGGAAAUCUCCAAAUCUCAGAUGAGUUCUUUCCCAAAGUGCCAGUGGGUUUGGUGGUUUCCUCAGUGUUCUUAGGACUUGCCAUAUUGGUGCUGAGUUUUCUUGUCAAUUAUGGCGUAAAACAGCACCGAGCGAUUAAAGCUCUUCAGCUAAGACUGGACAGGAGAAAGCUUACCCACUGUGCAGGUAAGAGUCUCAGUAACCAGAGAACAGAUCCUGACACAGCCCAUCCCCGACUCAUCCUGUCUGAGGACCUGACCAGUGUGCGAUGCGGAGACAAAUGUCAGCAGCAGCUCACUGACACCCCAAAGAGGUUUAGUUACUAUCUCAUUGUCCUGGGAUCUGAGGGCUUCACAUCAGGGAGACAUUACUGGGAGGUGCAGGUGGGCAACAAGACUGCGUGGAUUGUGGGAGUAGCCAGAGAGUCCAUCAACAGGAAACAAGCAAUCACAGAGGCAACAGAAGGUGGGUUCUGGGCUGUGUGGCUGUGGGACGGAGACUAUAAGGCUAUGACGUCACCUCUCACCCGCCUCAACCUGACAGUGAGACCCGGGAAGAUCGGGGUGUACCUGGACUACGAGGGGGGACAGGUGAUAUUUUACAACGCUGAUAACAUGUCUCAUCUCCACACUUUCACCCAAACUUUCAAAGAGAAACUUUAUCCUCUCUUCAAUCCCUGGCAUAAUUAUGGUGGGGAAAACUCUGAGCUUCUGAGAAUCUGCCCAGUGACAGAUUAAUGAGGAGGAAAAUCCUCAGCCAUUCUCUCUGUUUGACUUUUAUAACCUGGAGGUUUGGAUGAUGCCGAGUGUUUGAUUCUGUGCGUUUCCUCACACCAGUUUGGAGCUGAGUUUGUGACAGGAAGUGAAGGGCGGGGCUGAGCGGGGUCAGGGAAUCCCGAGCAGGGAACGCCGUCUGUGGCCAAUGUCACUGAGCAGCCGCGACACCUGCACAUUCCAGUGUCAAUACUGAGCCACUGUAGCCGCUCAAUCAGCCACCAGCAAAGCCACAGCUUAAUGAUCCACAUUGAGAUCAUUCAGAGCAUCAGAGGAACCCGACACUGAGUGUGUUGAGCAAAAUGCAACCCUUUGUCUGUCUGCAUGUGACCCUCAUCACCAGCUCAUCCCUGUGCCGAGAGAAUCUGACUUUCCAUCCAGUGUGUGAGCUCACACGCUCUGAGACUGGGAUAUCGGCUGAUACCUUUCUCUCCAGCAAUGCCCAGUCUCACACUUGGGGCUGUGCUCAGAAUCUCACUAAAAUCUCACAGUAUCUCACUGUAAAGUAGGUGACAUGUUGCACUCUCGUGUGCAGCCUUGUCCCACUGUGUAUAAACAAUGUGUAUUUUCAGUGUCAUCUUCUAUAAUCUGUAAUAAUACAAUAAAGCUUGCAUUUCAUA